UGUUGCACGGCUUUGUUUGUUGUUGUGUUUUUAUUUCUAUUCGCCGUGUUUUUGAGAUAAUUAAAUUAAUAAUGUAAUAUUUGUAUCUAAGUAGUGCAUUUGAAAGCGCCAAUAUCUCGGUUCACUGAAUAUAUUUCCUGUAAAAUGGAGAGCUACGAUGUUAUAUCUUUCGUUGGUGAAGGAUCGUUCGGUCGAGUUUUUAAAGCAAAACAUAAAGAAACUGACGAUGUUGUGGCAUUAAAAGUUAUAAGAAAGAAAGGCCGCUCUUCUAAGGAUUUGAAGAAUUUGAGGCAAGAAUGUGACAUUCAGAGGCAGCUUAAACACCCCAAUAUAAUUCGUAUGAUAUACAGCUUUGACACGGAGUCAGAGUUGGUAGUGGUUACUGAGUAUGCUGAAAAGGAGCUACAUAGCAUAUUGGCUAAAGAAGGUUGUCUUAAUGAAGAGCAAGUGAAGAAAAUCACAUGGGACUUGGUGUCUGCAUUGUAUUAUUUGCACUCUCAUAGAGUUUUGCACAGGGACCUAAAACCUCAAAAUGUGCUAUUAGAUAGUACAGGUCGGGCGAAGCUGUGUGACUUUGGAUUAGCAAGACUAAUGACCAACACUACACAUAUUUUAACAUCCAUCAAAGGUACUCCUCUAUACAUGGCACCUGAAUUAAUUGAAGAGAAGCCUUAUGACCACCAGGCAGACCUAUGGUCUCUAGGAUGUAUAGUAUACGAACUGAUGGCAGGCCAACCCCCAUUCUGUACUAUGUCCAUACUGCAGCUAGUGCAUAUGAUAAAACAUAAACCGGUACAAUGGCCAAGUUUUAUCAGCAUGAAAGCUCGGUCCUUUUUACAGGGCUUACUUCAUAAAGAUCCUAUGAAGAGAAUGAGUUGGCCAGAAAUUUUAGAGCACCAGUUUGUAGCUGGCCAUGUGCUUAUUCUACCAGAAGAUGUCCAGAGUGAAUCUCCAUUCACCAAACCCCUAACUCAUAGUCAGCAGGAAGCUAAACAACUCCAAAGGGAUAAAAUAAAUACUAAUGCAAGGUUAAUGAAGAUGGAAGGAGAAUCAAUUAAAACUGAAAGAAGGGAACAUGAUCUUCGUAACAUCCGCGUAAUGCAGGCAAUGGAGUGUGUGCCGAUGUCAGACGACGAUAGUGUCAGAGCAACCAGUGCGUUCAGUGUCCGAGACAGUCUCAAAACUGAUGACGAAGACCAAUCGCAACCCAUCACUGCUGCCAACGCAAAGUUGCUAAGACACGAAUACAAUGUAAUGAACAACUCGAAUCUCGUAGUUUGCAACUUAGAAAAAAACAUGGCUCAAUUAAUGCGUGCCAACAAAAAACAAAAUGAUGCAAAUUUGAAUAAAAUGGAUAAAAUUGUUGAAGAAAAACAGAAUGUAGAGAAAAUUGCUGAUGAAUCAAAGACUGAAAGUGCCAACGACAAACCAGUAGCUGAUGUAAAACAAAAGGUGAAUUCGGUUGACACUGCUUCCCAUAGCUUGGAGAACCCCAAAAGUUCAACGAAAUGCAGUAGCGAUAUUAGUUCGGGCUUGAGUAAAAGUGUCCCACCGUCUUAUAAACAGAAGCUGUUGCAAUUUUCAAGAGAUAAAUUGCGGUUUGGUAGUGGGGGAAACAGACUGACCAGAAGUAUUAAACGAUCAUUCCAUUUUAGCAGAAGUUGGGAUAAAAACAAGCAUGAUACUCAAAGACACACAUCCGAGCCUAAUGUGGAGAUUCCGAGUUUGAUUGAUACAGAUAAAGAAAAAUGUUCUAAAGAGGAAAAGGAUGAGGACAGUGAAAAAUGUGAUGUCAUUGAAGAGACAUCAGAUGAUAAAGAGAUUGCUAAUAAUGAUCGAAUGAUUAAGCCUGAAGAAAAACGUGAAGCUAAAGAGCCAUCUUCAAUAGAAUUGGAAGAGUGGGAAGCAUUCUUAAACUCUAAUAUUACUGAGGUUAUGGAUGGCGAUGUGGAGUCUCUCACGCAACUUAAUAUGGUGAGCAUGGUGAUAGGCGUGGUAGGCAGCGCCGCUAAAGGGACGAAGGGGGCUCGCGUGUGCGGCGCCGUGGCCGCGCUAUUGGCGCUACCCGCGCUAGUCCACACCCUGCCUAGGCAUACGCUUUUGAACAUUCAGGAUGUGUAUCUAGAAGCGAAAGUGGUGUAUAAUUUUGUGGCAGCAAUUAACACUUUGAUGAGGAAUAACAAAGAUUCUGACGACGGCUCUGAAGAAAAGCUGCAAGGCGUCGGGCGCAUGCUAGAAGUGUGUUCGUGGCUGUGCGUGCGUUCGUGCCGCGGCGUGCGCCAGUUCGCGCUCGCGCUCGCCACCUACAACGCGCAUCCUGUGAUCACCGCGCUGCUGAUGCAGUAUUCCAAGAUCCCCCGGAUCGUGCUAAACAUCAUCGGCAUCCUCAUAACCGUACUCCAGGACUUACCAGAACAUGCUGAUGUCGUCGAGAAAGUUCUAUUCGACAGCGAGAACUUCAACUUCUUAACCCUUCUAGAAGAAUCUAGCGACGCCCUCCGAAUGCGAGUCUGCAUACUCAUAAGUCUUCUGUGUACAUUUUCCUGUACCGCUUUCUCUGUAGCCAUGGAAUCUAAGUGGAGUAAGAAAGAAAGUGACAAUCUGGAGGCUUUGCAUAGCCAUUGCAAUGUCACACUGAACAGGGCAGCUAGGCUGGCCACUAAAGAGCUAAGUAACAUGCCCUUUUAUGUGUGCUAAGUAUUAAAAUGGAUCUUCUAAUGUAGAGAGUAAGACUUACUUUUAUUUUUGAUGACUUGCUGAUAUGAUUUUACAUUGUAUUUAUUUAGACAAUGUAUGUCAAUAGUAUCACGUAAUGUAUGUUUUUUUACACGAGCAAGCGAUAUAAUGAAGUAUUUCAUUAUAAUAAUUUUAUGAAUCGUAAGACUUAUUUUAUAUUAUUCAUUUAUGAAUAUUUAGCAUAGACUGAUCAAUAAAAAUGGUUUAUUUGGUGCUGUCUCAUAUUGUGAUGAUUCUCUUUUUGGAUAAAAUUUAUAUGAACUUCGAAAAUUAUUUUAAAUGUCGACUAAUUUGAAGAAAUUAAAAGAAACUAUUUAACCUACUCAAGCAUUUUUUUUGUAAAUAUUUAAAACUGAUAAUCUGAAACAUGUCAAAAUGUUUUGUUAAUAAAAAUCUAUACAUUCCUGUAUGCCAUGAGUGAGUAACCUACUUUAAACGCUACCCUUAUGUGUCCUGAGGAUAGAUUUUUUGAGAAAAUGUUAUUUUAAAGGUUAAGAGUAGGCGCACACCGUUGAUUUUUCGUCGGCCGAUAGUUUAGUCGGGCAGUUGAUCAGUAUGGGCAUGUAUGGGAGUGCGCACACUACGCCUAUUCGAUUUGGCCGAUUCUUCAUACAAAUUAAAAUCGGCCAGCUAAAAAUCAACGGUGUGCGCCUACACUAAGGCGACACUCGAAUCAACCAUCACGGAAACGUUGAGCUAUUGUUUGUUUUAUUUAAUUUAAUGACUGGAACUGUUGAAUCUGUAAUAAAACACUUCAAACAAAAUGAUAAAGUAUAUCGACAUUUAUAACAAUGUAUUGUUUCAUAAACUUUAAUAAGUAAUUGAUAUUAGAAUAGGGCACUUGAUAGGUUUACUGCCCCUUGAGUGGAACGAUUAUGCAAAUGAAGUGUUUGCUUCUGAUGGAGCACGUUUGAAUGUUGACAGCGGGCGGGCCAACGAACGCCUUAAGGUCAAGCCUUAGAGCGUUUUGCCUAUGAAAAUGCGUGAGUGCAUGGUGGACUAUGUGGACAGAAUGUAUGAGAGCUGGUCCAGAUGACGUUUUUCCUCGUGCGAGCGGCAAAACGCGUGACUGCAUCUGGACAGAACGUAUGAACCUCUAAUCUAGUACUAACUUCACGAUCACGAUCACAUCUGGACUUGCUUUUAGUCUAGGCACACGGGUUCCUAUGAUCUACCAUACCCGAUAUAAUACCAUGACACCAACAUUGGUAAUGAACAUUUUGGUUUGGUGGCUUGUCUUCACUGGUACUUAAUAGGUUGUUUUUUAUUCUUUUAUUUUAACUCCAAACUUUGCAUAGGUUUUAAGUGCGUAGAUUGGUAUUAAAAGAGGUUCCUAAAGUAAUUUUUAUAUUAGAGAAAAAUAAGAGAAAUCGUUCUUUUGAAAACAAUAACUAUUUUGCCUUACCAACACACCUUUGCGCCUGAGACUUUUAAUGCUUCGCAGGAAAACAUCAUUGCUCAUCUCAUAAUGUUAGGAACUGUGAAUUUUGUAAAACUCCCACAAAUCAUGCAUGUUGUCUUCCUAGUAAAAAAAAAACUGUUGUUAGUAUUUGUAUUACAUUUUAAGUAAUUUAGUUAAUAUUUUAUGACAUGUUUAAUCACAAUAAUCUUAAUCUUAAGUUUUGUAAUAAGCCUGCGAGUUAUUUUGUUGCACUUCAUAUCUUACUUAUCUAUUUUAAUACAAUUUGCUUGCAUCAUCUCGCGAAUGGAUUAUUAACUUAGUUUUUAUUCGAGGAAUAACCAAUGAUUAAAUUACAUAAUUUCAAACAUCGAUCAAGAUAAUUAAAGGAAAAUAUUUGGAUGUGAUGUUACGGCAAUCGAUUGAUUGUAAUAACGAUAAAUAAUUUUAAUCGAAUUUUAUAAUUUAUUUGUACACUUAUGUAAGUUUGUCACAUUUUAUAAGAAUAAUAUUAUGUUACCUAUAGUUUAAUAUAGGUACCUAUAAUAAAAAUUGUGAAUAUGGAGAUUUUACUUUUUUUAAACUUCUUUUUAUUAUAGACUAGCUUUUGCCCGCGGCUUCACCCGUGUGAAAUUUCGUUUGUCACAGAUCGUCAUAAAUUAUAGCCUGUAUGUUAUUAUGGGUUAUAAACAAUAAUACUGUAAAGUUUCAUCAAAAUCCGUUCAGUAGUUUUUGCGUGAAAGAGUAACAAACAUCCAGACAUACAAACUUUCACAUUUAUAAUAUUAGUAGGACUAAGAUAACUUAAAUACUACGUACGCACAAGAAAAGACUAUAGUAUUAAUGUAGGUAAUAGAUAUUAAUUAAUGAUUUGAAAAAUUCUGAUUUGUCGUAGCUAGUAUCUUUAUUUACUAAUAGAACAUUAAACACAUAGAUGAUUCACUCCUUUGUUGUAACAUAACAUCUAAUUAGGUACAUUUGCAGGUCUCUAGGUGUAAAUCGUAACUUCCUUGCUGAUUAGCAGUCAAAGCAAGCAUUGAAGGGACAGAUAGAUGCACUAUUGUACAGUCGGCCUUCUACAGCUUGUUGACAUCUAUUUCUAUGCUGUAACUGUGUACACUCAGGUUAGCACGAUCAACACAAUACAGGGUGGGGCGAUUUAAUUAUGUAAUUAGAUAAAGACAUAACGGGACUAUUCCCACCUCUCUUCCUCACCACUGCAACUCCUGUGUAGCCAGGAUCUACAGCUUGACCGCCAAUAAAAACCCAACCAGUGAAGGUCAAGUUUGUCCCGGGGGAAAGUUAAACUGUCAUUGGACCCGCAACGAAAUUUAUCAGAAGAACAUAGGAGGAGUUCGAAGUUAGGUAAAGAAGACAUAUGUUGAUAAUCUUAUUUUAGUCAUUCUGUAUAGAUUUUAGCUUUCAGGCGAUAAAUUAUACCUACCCAUUUAAUUUUCAGCAUCAAAAGUACAAAAGUCGAACUGUUCUAUUCUGGCAUGCCAUACCUAUAAGUUUUAAACAAUAUUUAUAAAUGUUAUUGGUAAGUGAUCAAGUUCGAAAUUUAUUGUCCAUUGAACAUAUCUCACGAUGGCCAUAAACCCAUAGUUGAAUCGCCAUUGCAAAUUUUAUUGUGCAUACAAUUUACUAUCUAUUGACGAAAGUCAAGGCUAUUGUUACGUAAAUCUGUUAUUUUUUGUAAAAUAUUUCUUCAGUGUUAUAUCACUUUAUUGUUUCAGUAAGUAGGUAAAUAAAUAUGAUUUAUAACGAAAUACCGUCGGUGUGGAAAUUUGUGGAGAUUUGUGGGGACACAGAAUAAUAAUAAGUACCUACUAGGUAUGUACUAGGAUUAUUUUUCUAUCUGAACAUUUUAAUUUCAAUCAAUUAUUUAUUUGCAUAAGUAAAUAAAUAAUACUAAGCGUAGGUAGGUCCUACCUGUACUACCUAAUUAGUAGUACCUACUACACAGUAAAUUAAUGAUCGUGUGAUAAAUUAAUUAUUUAAUAAAAUUACAAUUUGUUCCGAGUAUUUAAGUAUUAAUAAGUAUGACCUACCUAGUGCUUACAGACUUAUACCUAUUCUAUGUACCUGCAACAACAAGCUUUAUGUAUACCUACUUAGGUAUCUUAUGUUUUUUUGUUAAAUAAACACGUGUCAUCAUCAUCAAUUGUACAGAUCGAAUUAAUUGCACCUAUUAAUCGUUAUUAUUUAUUGUCAUUUUAUCUGUAAACGGAACUUUUAUUCUGAAACGAUAGAUAAUAACGUUAAGUGUGUUCGUAAUCAAAACAUAAAAUUAAUAAUUUUAUAUGUUCUUUUUUAGUAUAUCGCUAACAUUUGCGGGUUCCUUAUAAACAUUACAAACUUUUAACCCUUCAAAUGUUUUGUUAAACCUAUGUUAUGUAAUAUUAUUAUGUUACCUUAGUAGCAAACAUUUUUAUAAAGGGUUAAAGAAGAACAUUCUUCUGCUAUCAGUAGGUAGGCCUACUAUUUAGUAGUUAUCUAUGUAGGUAAGUACUAGGUAAACUACUUCUUCUUCUUCUUCUUUUCAGCCAAAUGACGUCCACUGCUGGACAAAGGCCUCCCCCAAGGUUUUCCACAAUGAACGGUCCUGCGCUGCCCGCAUCCAGGCUCUUCCCGCGACCUUUACCAGAUCGUCGGUCCACCUAGUAGGAGGCCUGCCCACGCUACGUCUUCCAGCCCGUGGAACCCCUACUAGGUAAACUACACCACACUCAUAAAUUAGUUUACCGGUUUAUUUGUGAAAACCUGACCAAAAACAGACAUUUAUAUUAGACAAUAUAGUUAGUACUUAGUUUGUAAGUAAGUACAGUCAGUGUCAAUUAGUUUGUGAUACCUAAAGUGGCCAAAAAGACAACCUUAUUCCAAAUUGUAACAAUAAAAACGUGUUGCGAACUUAUUUGCUACUUUGGGUGUCACGAACUAUUUGACCCUGACUGUACCUACCUACCUACUCUUAUAUUUUUGUGAUAAUCUAAAAUGUUCGAUCAGUCAGUGAAAUCGAACA